CUGCCAUAAUAAUGUGUUUUGGAACUAUCCACGCAAUGGCCCACUGGGCAAUAACCAUAUCUGAUUUCAUGUUUGGGAAAAAUAUUGACCGAACCUGUGUAAAAAAAUGAUGAUUUAACAUAAAUGCUUAUCGGAAAGCCCAUAUGGAGGCUUUGAGAAGUAGUGUUUCUCCUUAGCCGAAAUCCACGAAGUCAAGGCAAUGGCGCUCUGCAAUAAACCACCUCCUCUCUUAUACGCCAAAAGUACCGUGGGGCAAUCUUCAAUCUGCGGCCGUUAUAGUAGUAUAGCGUUUAAUUCAAAUUCUUUGUAUGGAAAAGCGAAUUUCGGAGUCAGCAGAAGGCAAACUGCAUUGACUUGUUUGGACUUGCCCAUCUCUAACUCCUCUUUCAACCAAAUUUCAAAGGUUUCUGCCAGAGGUGCUCGUCUCACAGUACGGGCUGAUGCAACUCUUGGUGCUGCUGAGCCAGAUCCACUUUCAAGUCGUUUAUCCCAUUUUGCGGAUGCAUUCUGGAGAUUUUUGAGGCCUCACACAAUUCGUGGAACUACACUUGGCUCAAUAGCUCUGGUAUCAAAAGCUCUCAUAGAAAAUUCCCAUCUUAUUAAUUGGUGGUUACUGCCGAAGGCACUAUGUGGACUUAUUGCAUUAAUUUGUGGGAAUGGUUAUAUUGUUGGAAUCAACCAGAUAUAUGAUAUUGGAAUUGACAAGGUGAACAAGCCAUUUUUACCUAUAGCUGCCGGAGAUCUUUCUGUUCCAGAGGCUUGGUUUCUAGUUUUGCUAUUUGCAGCUAUGGGUGUUGCAAUUGUUGGAAUAAAUUUUGGGCCAUUCAUUACAGCCCUUUACUCUCUUGGAUUAUUUCUUGGGACAAUUUAUUCUGUGCCUCCUUUCAGGAUGAAGAGGUUUCCAGUUGCUGCUUUUUUGAUCAUUGCUACGGUUAGAGGUUUCCUGCUCAAUUUUGGGGUUUAUUAUGCAACUAGAGCUGCACUUGGCCUUGAUUUUCGAUGGAGCCCUCCUGUGGUUUUUAUCACAGUCUUUGUAACAUUGUUUGCUAUGGUAAUUGCCAUAACCAAAGAUCUGCCUGAUGUUGAAGGUGAUCGCAAAUUUCAGAUAUCUACCUUGGCAACGAAUCUUGGUGUUCGGAAUAUCACAUUUCUAGGCUCAGGUCUUUUGCUGGCAAACUAUAUUGGUGCAAUAUUGGCUGCAAUCUACAUGCCACAGACUUUCCAGCGCAUGUUGAUGGUAUCUGGUCAUGCCCUUUUAGCGGUGUUGUUGGGUUUCCAGCUAGACGUGGAUUUUGGACCAGUCAAAUUACACAAAGGAAGCUAUUGCAAAAUAUUAUCGAUUCAUUUGGAAUCUUUUCUAUACAGAGUACAUUUUGUUUCCAUUUAUUUAGUUGAUAUUUUAUUUAAUUUAUAUAUAUUGAGGGGUAAGUUUCAACAACAUGUAACACACUUUUUAUGUGAUAUAUAUUAUUGUGUUUUUAAAAUGUUAGUAAAUUUUUUCAAUGGUAAAAUUUAAUUUUUUAUUUUUA